GAACAAAGUUAUAAAAGUAACACGUGUGGCGCAUACCCUGCGCAGAUAAGGUCUCCUUCCUUCGUCUUCCUUCUCUCAAAUUCCAAAAAAUCCACAAAGCUCAGAAGAAAAUAAAAACUUCCAAAAAUGCCGGGGAAUUUAGAACCGUUGGAUAUAGGCAUCCAAAUCCCUUACCAUUUCAGAUGCCCAAUCUCCCUGGAGCUAAUGUCGGAUCCAGUAACCGUCUCAACCGGUCAGACUUACGACCGCACAAGCAUCGAGUCAUGGAUCGCCACCGGGAACACCAGUUGCCCCGUCACACGCCUCCCUCUCUCCGACUUCACUCUCAUCCCUAACCACACUCUCCGCCGCCUAAUCCAAGAAUGGUGCGUCGCCAACCGCUCCAACGGCGUCGAACGGAUUCCCACGCCGAAACAGCCGGCGGAUCCGAUUUCCGUCCGGUCUCUCCUCAGCCAAGCUUCCGCGAUUACGGGAACUCACGUCUCCGUUCGCUCACGCGCCGCCGCGAUUCGCCGUCUGAGGGGAUUGGCUAGGGAUAGCGAGAAGAAUCGCGUCUUGAUCGCCGGCCAUAACGCGAGGGAGAUUCUCGUAAGGAUUCUGUUCGCUGACGUGGACGCUGGAGUCGAAACGACGUCGUCGUCUUCGGAGGUUGUUUCCGAGUCGCUCGCUCUUUUGGUUAUGUUUCAUAUGACGGAGGGAGAGUGCGAGUCUAUCUCCUCGGAUCCGGGUCGGGUCGGGUUUACGACCCGGUUACUGUUCGAUUCCUCGAUAGAAAACCGCGUCAACGCCGCGGCGUUGGUGGAGAUGGUGCUGACCGGAUCCAAAUCCACGGAUCUGAAAGUGACGAUCUCCGGGUCGGGUUCGGUAUUCGAAGGCGUGAUGGAUCUUUUGAGAAGUUCUGUUUCGUCGCGGCGCGCUUUGAAGAUCGGAGUCAAAGCUCUCUUCGCUCUCUGCCUCGUGAAACAAACGCGCCACCUCGCUAUCUCCGCCGGAGCUCCGGGGACUCUGAUCGACCGUUUAGCGGCGGACUUCGAUAGGUGCGAUACGGAGAGGGGUUUAGCGACGGUGGAGCUUCUCUGCCGGAUGCCGGAGGGAUGCGCGGCGUUCGGAGAGCACGCUUUGACGGUGCCGCUUCUCGUGAAGACGAUCUUGAGAGUGUCGGAUAGGGCGACGGAGUACGCGGCGGGAGCGUUGUUGGCGUUGUGCACGGCGGAGGAGAGGUGUAGAGACGAGGCUGCGGCGGCGGGGUUGGUGACGCAGUUGGUGCUUUUGGUGCAGAGUGAUUGUACGGAGAGAGCGAAGAGGAAAGCUCAGAUGCUUUUGAAGCUUCUUAGAGAUUCUUGGCCGGACGAAACUGUUGUGAACUCCGACGACUUUUGAUUUAAUGAAAACCAGGAUUGAACACCGGUUAACAUUUAACCAAAUUAAUCAAUUGAACCGGGUCAUUACAUACAAAAGAGCGUUAACUGUUGUUAUUCAAAAUAGUAUUACAAUUAAUCAAUACAAAAGAGCGUUAACUAUGGCUAUGGGAACUAAUUUGAGAUCCCCACGCAGCAGCUAAGCAAAAUUUUGGUAUGUCUACAUCUCACCACAAUCUUACUUUACCUGAUAAGUGACAGUCAGACACCAACAUAAAGAUCAGUCUUAACGAAUGAGCAAGCAGCAUUAACACAGUUAAAAGAUUCAAAACCAAAGGGAUCACUCACAAUUAAAUGGCGCAUGGGGAGGAGGAAGUAAAAGGCAAUGAGGGUCUCAACUUGCGAACGCUUUGUGUAUGAAGACAAAAACGAUAAUGACAAUCCUUUUAUUACAUGUAAUGUUCAGUUAUCAAAAACAGUAAUGAAAACC